AGUCCCACCCCGGCUGACGCCCAUUUAUUUACACGCUCAACGCGCUGAACUGGCUCAAAUCAAGGCCAUCUAUAAAUAAAGAAAUACGCCUUGUCACGGUGAUAAGCCAAGUGGGACUCGGGUCUAUUUUUUUAUAUCUACGCAUAUUCAGAUUCUGCUAAUUUUCAUUCAGCCAUGAGCACCUUCCUGGCGUCCCGACUGAGUCGGUUUCUACCGUCGGCGGCGACACGGGUGGCCUCCUACUCGUCCGGCCUGCGCGCGAAAAAGUGGGUGCUCGUGCAGCACUUUGACGGCUUCCCCAAGCACACCGACUUUGAGCUGCACGAGGAGCCGCUGCGCGCGCUCAAGGACGGCGAGUACCUGUGCGAGGCCGAGUGGGUGAGCGUGGACCCGUACCAGCGUGCCUACACACCCAACAUGCAGGUACCCAUGACCAUGAUCGGCCUGCAGUGCGCGCGCGUGCUGGAGAGUCGCGCAGAGGGCUACCCGGAAGGCUCGUACGUGGUGGGCGGCCUCGGCUGGCGGUCGCACACCAUCCGCGAGGCCAGCCGCGACCAGGGCCAGCUGCUGCCGUUCGCCACGGCGCCGAUGCCCGACCUGGGAAACCUGUCCCGCUCGCAUUCAGUAGGCGCUUGCGGCAUGCCGGGCAACACGGCCUACUUUGGCCUGCUGGAGCUGUGCCAGCCCAAGGAGGGCGAGACGGUGGUGGUGUCUGGCGCGGCCGGCGCCGUCGGCGCGCUCGUCGGACAGAUCGCCAAGAUCAAGGGCUGCCACGUGGUGGGCUUCGCCGGCUCGGACGCCAAGUGCGACUGGCUGCUCUCGCUGGGGUACGACCGCGCCAUCAACUACAAGACGGCCAAGACGAGCAAGGCGCUGCGCGAGGCGGCGCCCAACGGCGUCGACUGCUACUUCGACAACGUGGGCGGCUGGCUGAGCGACGCCGUCAUGUGCCAGAUGAACCUGUUCGGCCGCGUGUCGCUGUGCGGCUGCAUCGCCGGCUACAACGACCCGCGCGGCCGGCGCACGCUGGUGCCCAUGCUGCAGAUGCCGAUGCUGAUGCAGCAGCUGCGUAUGGAGGGCUUUAUCGUGUCGCGCUGGUCGGACCGCUGGCAGGAGGGCGUCACUCAGAUGCGCGACUGGCUGGAGAACGACAAAAUCAAGGCAGAGGAGACCAUCACAGAGGGAUUCGAGAACCUGCCCGAAGCGUUCAUGGGCAUGCUGGCCGGCAAGAACUUCGGCAAGGCUGUGGUCAAAGUGUAAACGUCCGCCCGCGGAGGGUGACACGGACGGCGCAGGGUACCAACAAUGCAAUUAGCGGAGAGGCUCAGUAGCGCUCCGCGCAUACAUUCUGAGGAUAGCUUACCAUGUGGUAUCGGGGUGUCUUUAGGUUGACUUUUUCGACAGAUGUGUAUAUUAUGGAGGCAUCAAAAUACCAGGGCGAUCGUGUCGUGUCAUAAGUAAAACAUGUACUGCUGUAGCCUGUAGGUCAAAUGGAUCGCCUAUGAUUUCAGGAAUGGAAUAUGUAAUUUGUGCGAGUGUGCAACGAAAGUGCAAUUAUACAGUGCAUGUGCGAAUGUAAAAAUGUCACUUACAUUAGCCGCCCAGGACAGUGCCAUAUUUUCCUUCAUUUACGCCCGCAGUUCCUGGAUGCAGUCGAAGGCUGUUUUCAUUUUUCUACAAACGAGACCGGCUGUCAUCCAACACAUUUGCCGAGUGACUUUGAUAUUGCUAUGUUGCGUAACUUCUAUAAAUAUACAAAGUUAAUGUA